AUGGCUGCCAAUCCCGUAUCUAAGAAUGGACUAUUUGUCCACAAUAAUACCGUUGCGCCUGAGCACCCCAGCCUGAUGAGCAUGUUCUCCCUCAAGGGCAAGACCGCCAUUGUUACCGGAGCUGGCGCCGGUAUCGGUCUGGCUGUCGCUCAGGGUUUGGCAGAAGCCGGUGCCAAUGUGGCUUUGUGGUAUAGGAGCAACACCAAGUGUCCUGAGCGUGCUGCCGAGAUUGCCCAGCAGUACGGUGUUCAGACCAAGGCAUACCAAGUCGAAGUUACCGACGCGAAGGCCGUCGAGAAGGCUGUGAAUGAGGUCGUCAAGGACUUCAAUGGCCGCCUCGAUGUCUUCAUUGCCAACGCCGGUGUUCCCUGGACUCAAGGUCCCAUGGUCGACGGUCCUCUCGAGCACUACCGCGAUGUAGUCGGCAUUGAUCUGGAUGGCACUUUCUACUGUGCCAAGUACGCUGCCGACCACUGGCGCCGCCAGAAAGAAGAGGGCACUGAUGCCAAUGGCAAUAAGCUUACCAACUUCACCUACGGUAGCUUUGUCGCCACGGCUUCCAUGUCCGGUCACAUUGUCAAUUUCCCCCAGAUGCAAGCUGCCUACAAUGCAGCGAAAACUGGUGUUAUUCACCUCUGCAAGUCCCUCUCUGUCGAGUGGGUUCGCUUCGCUCGCGCGAACACCAUUUCCCCCGGGUAUAUCGCCACCGAGAUCUCCAGCUUCGUGCCCGAAGACACCAAGAACAUUUGGCGUGACAAGAUCCCGAUGGGCCGUGAAGGUCAGGCUCACGAACUGAAGGGUGCCUACCUCUACCUGGCUUCUGAUGCUUCAACUUACACCACCGGUGCCGAUUUGAUUGUCGACGGUGGCUACUGUGCGCCAUAA